AUGGAGCGAGUCACUGACGCGGAAGCGCUGCGGCUGGCUGAGCUGCACCCGCAUGCCUUGCACCUGGUGCACCAACCCAUGGGUCACACCGGACACUAUAGCUUGCUGUGGGAAGAUAGGCCACUCGCUUCGGUGUGGCAACCAACACCAUGGUUGCAGAUAUGGCACAGGGAGGGGGCACGAGCCUUGCAACAGCAUUUGGGUAUGAUCCGCGUGCAACCUUCGCGGAUCGAGCCGGCAGAGCAACCCAACCAGCCGAAUGCGUCGCCUGCCCCCGCAGAAGCGGCGGCCGAGCCGAGCAAUCCGACGGCAUCCGACCAUUUGCAAGACCCGUGGCCCGCACCGGCCACGCCACCUUGCAGCAGCGGGUCCGACGUGGGCUUUGCUGACACGGAAAGUGUCGUGUCGUGGAAUUCACACCAAUCAAGUGAAGGCUCUAGUGCCGCACCCAGCCUUGCGCUGGAACCAGAGCGUGCAUGGUGCACGCUGGAAGAUCAACACUUGGAACAAAUUCAGACCAUCAGCCGACAGUUUCGUACCAAACCGUUGCUGCCACCAUCCGUGCCACACGUUCCGGAAGAGUUAGCCGACAGCAUGUCCGGCGUCCCGUAUCCAGCCUGCCACUGUGCCUUUGAAGGUUGUACGUGGUGCAGCGACGCACAGCCGUGCGUGGACGCAUUGCUCUUGAAAGAUCGAUGGAUUGUGCAGGGGGUCACUUGGCACUGCAGCAGCGGAGCCUGCUGCAACAACACCGCUGCCUGUCUGUGGGCACACUUGCGCAGCCAGCAUGCACUCGCCUUUCAGCACUGCCCCGGAGAUCUUGUGAGUUCUUACAUCGCAGCCUUGAAAGGUGUCGAAGAGCAAUCGGUCCCGGCUGUUGGUUGGAGUGUGGAUCGUCGCACUUUGCGACGCUUGCAUGCUGAAAGACAAGAAGAGCAAGCCGUUGCCCUCAUCUGUGCUUGCUGUGCUGCCGUCCUGCCCAGCGGACCUCGAAGCGAGAUUGGAUACUUGAGUGUGCAAGACAUCUUCGAGGCCUUGACGCCGGAAAGCUUCCAACAGAAUUGGGAUUUGAUGCAAUAUCGCACUUCCUAUGGCUCCCAUGCAGCCGUCCGAAGGCAACUCCACGGAGCUGAAUGGCAGCGGACCUUGCCGCAGACAUUGUUUCAAGGGCAGUCCAUCCUGUGCUGCCCGGAAGAUCUCCGGUGCAGCGCAUGCCCUGCCGCUGGCAUGCAGCUGUGCCGCCAGUGCGAGCUGCCACUGUGCCGAUCAUGUUGGAGCCGAAUGCGGCAAGGCGGAUUUAGUGGCAUUCCUUCGGCCCUCAGCAACGACAACUUCUAUGGCUAUCCGGCCGAGCUCCUCUACCAACAUCGGGUGCGAUGGAUAGAGACAGCGGCUGCUUCGCCACUGUGGACUUCCAUGGUGAGCUUUUACCUCGAAGCAGACCGCGGGCACGUCUUAGAGGAGCCUGUGCAUCGAGCCGAGCACCGCCUAGCCAUCCGCGGCAACAUCAGUGCCGUGAGCUUGCCAUGGGAAGAGAUCUACGGCCACUUUGCACAGAUGACACCCCACGAUCGCAUUGCAACCUUGCCGCAUGCGCUCCCUGCCUUGCGCGCAAUGGUGAAAGUCACGGUGAAAGGCAUGCGGCAUGCUGAGCUCGUGGAGUGGGUGGCCGGUGCCCAUCUUAGGCCUCAUGUGGUUGUUGCCCUCUUAGAUCACUUAGUAGACAUACACCAUCCCAUGUUCGCAGCCUAUGACGGCACGCCAGCCGAACUAAAGCAGCUGUUCCGAUCCAAAGUGCAGCGGGAGUACGGCACAGAAGAAAUUUGUCCAGUGACCGUCGAAGAGCAAGCCGACCUAGCUGGUGCAGCACCCACUCCACCUCAGACAAAGAAUGCAACCCCAGAACCCGCAAACCUCCCACAGUUUGGCGGGGAAGCCUUCUUGGGCAGCAGCCGACCACAAGUUCUCAGCCCGGAUUAUACCAGCAGCCAGGCAGGUGACACGACAACCCAAGAAGUGACGCGCCUCGCUCAAGUCACCCCGAAGGUCACCAUCCAGACGGGCACAGAAUUCUGGGACCAAUGGCAAACCGAAUACCUUGCCUGGGCUUUCCCCUUCAGUGUCCCAUCCCCCGUCGGUGGGCCGGACUUUCCGAAUAAGGAUCGUCCGCGACGCAAGGCCGACGCAGCGGUGCUAGGGCCAGUCCCACACCUGCGCUCCUUAGCCCGGCGCGUCGAGUCUUCGCUGCGAAACUCUUGGGAUUUAAUUUCAGGCCUACGUUGGCUGACGUUCAAAUGGCAUUCGGUCUGCCAAACGCCGCUGUACCGGGCCUGGGCAUCCAAAACCAACGCCCUCCAAGCUACACCGGCACACGAAUGGGUUGAGGCGGCCAAAGCCUUGUAUCACAAACUGCAAAAAGGCAAGUAUUUGACAGCCGGCAAGACGUUGAAGCCAAUCAACUACGAUGCCCGCAAGCUGUGGUUUGCCGAAGGCCUCACCGCGCCCGAAGCCCAGCUGCUGCGCGACAUCCGGCACACGCAAAUGACCUUGCCUGGGACAGUGGAAGUUCGGCGACGGAUUGGCCGUUUUCUCUUUGGAGCACGGGUCGAACUCGGUGAACCCAUCUUCAUGACCCUAUCUCCCACGACGCGGCACAAUGCCUUGUGCUUGCGACUCUCGCGGUACCGACAGCACGACCCGGGUGCGGGACCGCUUUCUGGCAAGCAGGUGCCACGCGUCUGGGAAGAAGCCGAGGUGAUUGUGCCAGUCCCUGAGUACGAGACGCGCCGGCAAACGUCCGUUCGAGAUCCCUGGGCCGUCGACAUAGCCUUCCAGUGCAUGGUUCGUUUUGUGUUUGCGGAGCUUCUCGGUAUCCGCAUGUGCUUCCGCUGCCCCAAUUGCAGCUGUCGCGAUGCCCUCGGACAGUCGACACAUCCCAUGGGAGGCAUUCUUGGCCUGGUGCUUGGAUUCUGCGGAGCCAUAGAGUAUCAAAAAAACAGCAACCCCCAUUUUCAUGCUAAUGUGUACGUCGCCACGGUGUGGCAACAGCCCCUGAAAAAAGUAGCCCAAAAAAUACAAGCUAAGGCCAUUACCCUGGAGGAACUGUUUCGGUACCAAGCCUGGCUGCACAAUGAAAGCCACUUCAACCUCGAACAGCAUGAAGCCCUCUUUCCAGCGUUGGAAAAAAAGUGGAUGCAAAACUUCCUUGGGACGGAGCAUGACAGGUUAUGCCUUUGGCCAGCUUUUGUUGCCGCAGACACCACGCCUUCGCCGUGGCUGCCACGGGUUGCCGACGGCGGGCCACUCCGCGUAGAGCGUUGCUCAUCGCCGGCCCAUGCUGCCGAAUCGCAGAACGCAGCUGCCCCGACUGCCGCAGCGAACCCACAGGCCUUGCAGACGGACGCCAUUCGAUACCGGCAACUCUACCAGACAGCAGUGCAAGUGAAGCUCUCACACCAGCAACACCAUAUGCACACGUGGGAUGCCAAGCACAAGUGCCACGUGCCGCUGCCUGCUUGCCAAAAGAAGGACGCGCCGAACAAAUGCAAGCAUGGCUUUCCAAAAACCAUCUGCGACGUGGCGCGCGUCGUGUGCCGGGGGAAUGCUCGCAAAUUUCGUCAGAGUACGGCUGGAAGACGAAAUGCACUUGGCUGCGUCCUCAAUCCACGUGACAACCAAUGGCUGUCAGGCACUAUGCAUGCAUUUACCCUGAUGUUCAUGGGCAACAGCCAUACCGGCAUCAAUUUCCGCAUCCCGCUAUUGCCGGAAACGCAUGACCCGGCAUGCGAGCGCAACUGCUUGGAAACUACCACCUUGCAGCGCCUCCAACGGCUGAUGCAGCAUGCCACGAAAAAAGCGACGCAAUACUUCACAGGAUAUUUGCAAAAACCCCAGCCAUUGGGUCGGAAAGAGCUACAACAAGCCGCCAAGCACCUGUCAUAUCUCGACAUUACCCCCGCGAAGGGCGCGGAAGCCCAGCACUACCGGAAAGUGUUGCAUCGAGUCUGCGGUGACUUGGAAUUUCGCUGUUCCGUCCGCCCCCUGACGGAAGAAGUCAUGUUGGCCAGUUUCUGGGACGGCGACGAACCCACGUCUGCCAAGUGCAUUCGCUCCUUUGCCGUCGUUCCCUUUGUCGGCAGUGACUGGUUAGCUCAGUACGAUAAGGCAACCGAAGUGCGGCAUCGCGUCAAGCCGACCCAUCACCGACAGGCCCACUUCAAAAGCAGCGAUCUCUAUGGCUGGCGGGGUCAAGAUCCGCGGGUGCGAUAUUUGAGCCCUUGGGAAUUCACCGCCCUGUGGGAAGUGAAACGGCUGCAGCCACCCUUGCAACACGAAACUGACUUAAGUGAAUGGUGCCCUGGAUGCGGCGCAGGUCCGGAACCGGCAGACGGAUGGCAAUUUGGGCGCGAUUACAGGUGGAAGCAACACAUCCUUGCCGAUAACUCCAAACACAUCGUCCCCUUGCCGAGCCGUGCCAGCACCGCCGCAGGAGCGGACCACUACUUUGUCCGCCGGGCCGCGCCCUUAGUGCCGUACCCAACAGCGUGCCCACUGCCCAAAGCCGACAUGAGCAAAGACCAGCAAGCCCGCCUGCUGAACAUCUAUCUCCGCCCCUGGACACUGGCCGGUGACGACGCCACGUUGCAUGUGCCACAUAUUCAGGCCUUGGACAUGCCCAUAUCCGAUCGCCAAAAGAAACCAUCCCAUCGCUGUGUCGGAAAAACUUCAGUGGGGUGUCGCAGUCACCACAGUGCAUGGAACGACUACAUUCGUCACCACAUCGUGUCUGCCAAUGCCGCCCGCACCAUUUCCAAUUUCUUGGACGACGUCGAGGAAGCAACCGUCGACGAAGCCAGGAAGCCGGACAGGGAAGUUGACACAAGCUGGGUUGACAUGACGACCGUGCAACGCCUGACUGCCGGAGAAGGGUUCCAAUACUCCAAACGGUCGGCCCAGACCGUCCAGAGUCUUGUGCACGACUGGACAACACCGCAGACAAGCACGAGCAACCAAGGGCCGCGGCAGUUCUCGACCGGCCUGCCAGACCCCGGCCCAGCACCAGCAACCGGGGCAGCUGGCGCAGAUCCCUUCGCCCAACAAGCGCAACCGCCACGCCCAGUGGCCACGAACUACGGAACCUUCAGGUUGGACGCGGCCCGGACGUGGUUGCAAGCUUUGAACCGGCCCGGGAUGACGCCAGCCCCCAACCCACAACAAAAGCAAGUUCUUACAGCCGUUGUGGAAAGGUGCCACGCCGAAGCUGUCGAGGAAAGGGCUGACAAGCAGAAUCGAUCAGAACCAUUUCGAGCAAUCUUGCAUGGGGUGCCGGGCGCAGGGAAAUCCCAAACCUUGCACUGGCUUCGCACGUUUUUCGAAACGGUGUGUGAUUGGCAGCACUUGCACGAGUUUGCCUUCGUAGCCCCGCAGAACACGCAAGCGGCCCUCAUAGAUGGAAUCACCAUUCACUCCUUCGCGGAUAUCCGCGUGCAGGGCAAGAAGCAGAAAAAGGAAACGGCUUUUGGACCAGAUCACUUCGUCAAGUACCAACACCUACGCUGGCUCAUCAUCGACGAAUGCAGCACAUCAGCCCUGGAAGUACUGGCCGUGUUAGAAAAACGCCUGCAAGAAGCGGUCCGUGCCAGGCAUUCGUGGAAAUGCCGCACCACCGGCACGCCCCGGCCCUUUGCCGGCAUCAACAUUCUGCUGGCCGGCGAUUGCUGGCAAUUCCCUGCCGUGAAAGCCACGUCCAUCUUCCAUAACCCCUUCAAGCACGGACAAAGUGUUCAAGUAGCGAACCUCCAGAAAGUCAUGUGGACGCAUGACCGAGGUAAUAUUCAACACCUGUUCGAACUCACCCAAGAGCAUCGUUGUGUCGAUCCUUGGUUAAGUGCAAUUCUCCAUGCCGCCCGACAUGGAGCUGUAACUCAAGAGCACUGGGCGUUUCUGCACGGCUUCCCGACCUUGCACGCUGGCUCGUGGAACCCCCACACAAACAAGUGCUCUUGCAAAAAGCCGGCCUGCGAUGCCUUGGCCAAGCAGUGGACCAAGGAAGUGAUGGAUCCGAAAAAUACAAGAACCUGGCAGGAUCGGCGCCAAGCAGAAUGCGAUGUCUGCGCGGCCGAACGCCGGCGGCGCUGCAUCGUUGCCGGAGCAUCCGACUUUGGGCCCAAUCCAAAAGACAGGAAAUUUUUGCAGGCACCAUUUGUGCAUGGACUGAAUGCUGCCAAGUACGUCGCCGCACUGCUGCGGGCCCGGUGGGUGGCGGCCGAGCAACAGCAUCUCUUGCUCUGGGUCGUGGCGCAGGACACGCCGCUCUUCCACACCGACCCUGACACGGAGGCCCAAGAGCUGCAGCACCGAAAAGAACAAUGGCUUCAGCGACAUGACCAGGCGACAGCAGGGAUAAUGGGAUUGUUGCCACUCUUGCCGGGCAUGCCUGUGCGCAUCACCCAGACCUUGCCCGAACUCAAACCUUGGGGCUUGUUCAAGAACACCCGCGGAUCCCUGCACGGGUGGAGCCUCGCCGAAGAAGACAUUGCGGCAAUCCCGGCCUGCCAGCAGCCGGAGCUGGUGCUCCAAAAAAUGCCGGCAUGCCUCUUUGUCGCCAUCCCCGGUGCCACCUGGCAGCACCGCCCAGGUCUUCCACCGGGGGUCGCUUGCAUUCGCCCGGUCGUGCAACAUUGGAAGCUCGAAGCCCACGGCACCGCCACGGUCGCCAGACGAGGUUUUCCGCUGGCCUGCGAUUAUGCUGGCACGGCGCAUUCGUUUAUGGGGGCCACAUUAGCUGCCUGCAGUUUGGACUUAGGAUUUUGGGACACGGCGGCGAACCGGGACUCCCAGCUCAGUGCCUACAUGUGCCUGUCCCGAGUAAAAAAAGCAGAAGACCUCUGCAUAGCCCGUCCCUUUUCCCCUAAUCUUCUAAGCCAAGGUGAACUAAUAGGCCCCGAUACGUUCCUCGCAGUGCAUCGGCAGACCCUGACCCUGGCGGACGCCAAAAGCAAGUUUGAGCAGGAGCAGGUGCAAAGGAAGCGCAAUCCGGAGACUCUUUUCUUUUGUCGCGGAUGCACCCCGAAAGCCAAAGGCGGGCACGGCCUCCUGCCGUUGCGCGACUUCACCAGGAACAAUUUGUGGCAGCCGGAUGCUUGGUUGGAGAUCGUGUGUCUCGGCAUGGAACGCUUGUGCAGCCAGUGCCGCCACCCAGAGCCGUUCGGGAACCCCACCAGCGCCGAAGCCGACGCCGCCAGCAAGUGUGCGUUUUGCAACAAGACCCCACUUCCGAAAUUCGGUUUUUGCAAGAAAUGCCUGUCGGAAGCAAGAUUGGCCUGUGCCCGCUGUGACGUUGGCAGAAAACUCAAACCCAAGACCUUGGCGGACUUCAGCCCCGCGGAAAUUCAACGCCGCAAAAAAAACAGAGACCUACGAAGAGCAUGCUGCAUGAAGUGCGAGCUGCAUCAACCGAACAAGUCCAAAGCAAAAGCCGGGCAGUGCCGCACGUGUCGGAACCUCGUCAGCGUGUCCCACUUGCGCCAGUAUGACUCCAAAGCCAACGACGGCAUUUGUCGCAAAUGUUGGCGGAAGGCAACCGACUUGGAGGCAGCGACCGCCAAAGUCUGCCCACAGUGCAGCACACCUUUGAAACCAGCGGCGACGCCAGGCUCGUGGUGUCAGAGCUGCGCCUAUCCACCGUGUGCAAGUUGCCAAAAAGUGGCACGGCCAAACAAAGGCCCGUACCACGCCAAACACAAACCGGUCUGGGUGUGCCCAGCUUGUACAGGAUGUCCACAGUGCCACAAACGUUUGAAAGCAGGUUCGCAACCAGGCACGUGGUGUCAAAGCUGUGCCUAUCCACCGUGUGCAGGUUGCCAACAAGUAGCUAGGCCCGGCGGAGACCACGCGUACCAUGCCAAGCAUCGCCCCUUUUGGCGAUGCGACAAGUGCGCCCCAGCAAGCUGUCCGAUGUGCCAAGCCAAUCCCUUGGGUCAAGACGCCGGCGGCGGACCCGACGCCGCGUGCCCACAGUGUGCGGAACGGGGUCCCAAGUGCGCCAAAUGCAAACAGCCAAUGGUCGGCCGCCCGCAUUCACACGGCUGGUGCCACGGGUGCGCCUUUCCGCCAUGUGCAGCUGGCUGUGGUCGACCGCGCCCAAGAAAUACCGAUGCAGAGCUUGCCAAAUACCAUGCGAAACGCAUGCCGCAGUGGACCUGCCAGCCGUGCCAGCUCUCACAGAACGAACCGGCCAAACGCCGUAAGAUCCAAGUGGACGACCAAGCAGACGCCUUGCCACCGCUGCCGCCGCCGGCGGAGCCACCGGAACAGAACGCCAGCCCGGCAGCGUCCUUUGGCCAACCCAAAAAAAGAAAACCACUUAGCACGCCCACCCCCGCGGAGCGUUACUCAGCGCCUGCAGAGGCAGACCGUCCAUGCUCACCUGCAGCAGUUUCUUUUGGCCAACCGAAAAAAAGACGUUCGUCCAGCGCCUGCCCGGGUUUUUCCUUGCCGGCAGAAGUCCCGGAAGCCAUGACACGAGGCGCAGCCAGCGCCAACCUGGAAAGCUCCUUGCCGGCACCUGUCCCAGAGACAGAUGAACCAUUUUUUCAGCCACCCGUUGCAGAAUUCACUACCACGGCGAACCACGAAGAACAGACAACUGGCUGCAACCAGGGCAAUGCCCAGGGGAGAGCUCGAGCGUUGCUCACGCCGCGGCUUUGCAACCAUUUUUUCAGCCACACGUUGCACAAUCAACCACCAAGGACACGCCACGAAGCCAGUGCUGCCAACACCAUGCAUUUGGACCGCCGCGGAUGA